AUGCCUGAUACAAAGGCUAUUUUGCCUGCGAUAGCCACUGUUGCUGCUUCUGCAAUGCUUCUUAGAAGUAUUGCCAAUGACUUCAUUCCUGAUGAGUUUCGAAACUACUUCUUCUCAAGCCUCCAUAACAUUUCCCGGCGCUUCUCUUCUCACCUCACCAUUGUCAUAGAUGAGUUUCAAGGGCUAUCCUUGAAUGAAGUCUUUGAGGCUGCUGAAGCCUAUUUGGGCACGUUAGCUACCCCGUCUCUUCAAAGAAUCAAAGUGAGCAAGGUUAAUAAGGAGAAGCUCGGAGUUGCACUGGAUCGAGGGGAAGAGAUAUGUGACGUUUAUGAAGAUCAUGUUCAAGUGAUGUGGAAAUUUGUUUGUACAAAGGUUGAAUCAUCGUGGGCUACAAAUCCUGGUGAUCUUAAUGCGUCCUUAAGAUCAGAAACAAGAUCCUAUGAGCUAACUUUCCACAAGAAGCACAAGGAGAAGGUAUUAAAUUCAUACCUUCCAUACAUUUUAGACAGAUCAAAGGCGAUUAAAGUAGAACGAAAGGUAGUAAAGCUCUGCACAAUUGAUCAAUAUGAAUGUUAUGGGACCCAAGAGGUAAAUCUGAAUCACCCCAUGACCUUUGAGCUGCUUGCCAUGGAUAUGGAGAUUAAGAAGGUUUUGUUGGAUGAUUUGAAUAAUUUCAAAAAUGGAAAGGAAUUUUACAGAAGGAUAGGAAAAGCUUGGAAACGGGGGUACUUGUUAUAUGGCCCUCCUGGCACAGGCAAGUCCAGCUUGAUUGCAGCCAUCGCUAAUCACCUCAACUAUGACAUCUACGAGUUGGAGCUGGCAGAUGUUGGUUCCAAUUCCGAUUUGAAGAGAAGGUUGCUUGCCAUGCCUGACCAAUCUAUGCUUGUAAUCGAAGAUAUCGAUUGCACAAUUAACCUGCAAAACCGGGAAACCGAGAAUGAAGCACCGAGUACGGGGAAAAAUCAGGUGACACUCUCUGGGCUUCUCAACCUCAUUGAUGGUCUUUGGUCAUGUUGUACUGAUGAACGCAUAAUAAUUUUCACAACAAAUCACAAGGAGAAGCUAGAUCCUGCCUUAGUGAGACCUGGACGCAUGGACAUGCACAUAAACAUGUCAUAUUGCACUCUUUCUGCAUUCAAGCAGCUGACAUUCAAUUACCAUGGCCUCUCCCAUCACCAACUCUUCGAGCAGAUCGAAGGACUUAUAGGGGAGGUUAAAGUCACCGCAGCAGAAGUUGCAGGGGAGUUGAUGAAGAGCAGAGAUGCUCAAACUUCACUCCAAGGCCUCAUCAAUUUCCUCCUGGAGAAGAAAAAUCAACAAGAGAUUGUGAGGCUAAAACUAACUACAUCUGUACAAAAGAAGAGCAUUCACAAGGAGGAGGAGGAGGAGAGCAAGGGUUAA